AUGGCAUCCCAACAGUCCCCGCCUUCGGUCCCAUCUUCUGAAGAUGCCAAGUUGUCCGCAAAGGAGUUAAAAUACCGGUCUGAAAUGAUCAUGGCGCAUGAUCGAUUGAAGCUACAGGACUCACUCAUCACCCAAAUCUCCACCCUUGAGUCCCAACUAGAAAGCCUAAACUCCCAAGUCUCUUCAACCACUGAAAAACUCGAAAACCCUCCAAAGGCAACAAUAAAACAACAUAUAAAACUCCUCCACGAUUUCAACGAAAUCAGAGAUGUGGGACUACAUCUUAUAGGAAUGAUUGCUGAUGAACGAGGUGUUGGAUUGAAAGAAGUCCUUGGUGAGUUCGGAGUGACAGAAAAAGAUUAA